AUGGGAGUUCCAGCAUUAUUUAGAUGGCUAUCGAAAAAGUACCCCAAGAUCAUAUCCCCGGUUAUAGAGGAGGACCAGCAUGAAAUUGGUGGAGCAAAAUAUGAGGAUCCAAAUCCUAAUGGUGAAAUUGAUAAUUUGUAUUUGGAUAUGAACGGUAUUGUUCAUCCCUGUUCGCAUCCAGAGCACAAGAGACCACCCGAGACUGAAGAUGAAAUGUUUUUGGAUAUUUUUACCUAUACUGAUAGAGUACUAAUGAUGGCACGUCCAAGAAAAGUUCUCAUGAUUGCAGUGGAUGGAGUUGCACCAAGAGCCAAGAUGAAUCAACAAAGAGCAAGAAGAUUUAGAUCCGCACAGGAUGCAAAAUUCAAACAAAUGGCUAUUGAUAAAGAAAUACGGGAGAAAGAAGCACGUGGAGAGAUGAUCAACGAUGCAGUAAAAGGGAAGAAACAAUGGGACUCGAAUGCAAUUACACCAGGUACGCCAUUUAUGGAUCGACUAGCCGAAGCAUUGAGAUACUGGGUUGCGUACAAACUAAGUACAGAUCCAGGGUGGGCCAAUUUGCAGGUAAUCAUUAGUGAUGCGACUGUUCCUGGGGAGGGUGAGCAUAAGUUGAUGAGUUUUAUACGUUCUCAGCGAUCAGAUCCACAAUACAACCCAAACACCAAGCAUUGUAUAUAUGGUUUAGAUGCUGAUUUGAUUUUCCUUGGUUUGGCUACCCAUGAGCCACAUUUCAGAGUGUUGAGAGAAGAUGUUUUCGCAAAUCAAGAAAGACACAUGACGGUUUCAGAUCAUGUUGGGAUGUCUAAAGACCAGCUUUCUUUGAUUGAAGAGAGGGACAAAAGGAAGCCGUUCUUGUGGCUACACGUCAAUGUUUUGAGGGAAUACUUAUCGAUUGAACUAUUCAAUCCACAAAUCUCAUUUUCUUUUGAUUUGGAAAGGGCUAUUGAUGACUGGGUGUUCAUUUGUUUCUUUGCUGGUAAUGAUUUCUUGCCUCAUUUACCAAGCUUGGAUGUGAGGGAUAAUGGUAUUGAUACCCUAGUGAAUUGUUGGAAGAAAUGCCUUCCUCGGUUGCGUGAUUACUUGACAUGUGACGGAAAAUUGAACUUGCAAAGUGUUGAGACUCUUUUGGGUGACUUGGCAAUCAAAGAAGACGAAAUUUUCAGAAACAGGUUUGCAGCGGAAAAAAGAAGAGAAGAGAACCGAAAGAGGCGGAGGGUAGCAGAAGAACAAGAUAAGGCAUUGAAAAACGUAUAUAUGUCUCAAGUCACUAAAGGAAAGGAUAAGGCCCCUGUUGCACCUGAUACAAACUUGCCAUUGAUGGACACAAGUGGCAGUAUAGUCGAGGGUCAUGCACAAUUAUCGAAUAAAGAUCUUGUUCAAAAUAGAGAUACGAUAGCACUUGCUGGUAUGGCAAACAAUGAUGCCGCAGUUGCACUUAAGAAGUUGAUUGAUUCAAAGAAGCAGCUUCAAGAGGAUACCCCACUAGAUAGUGAAUCUAGUGCUCCUUCGAAUUCUGCUUCAAAUGCCAACACCGACCUGGAGGAACCUCAGCAAGUAAAAACGAGAAAACGGCCGGUGGAAGACGAUGAACCAGUUGAUGAUAUUCGAUUGCACGAACCAGGGUACCAAAAACGUUAUUACCAAGCUAAAUUUCAUUGCAAAACCGAUGAGGAAGUGGAACAAGUGAGACGUGAUGUGGUCAAGAGCUACAUUGAGGGAAUAUCUUGGGUAGCAUUGUAUUAUUACCAGGGAUGUCCAUCUUGGACAUGGUUUUAUCCAUACCAUUAUGCCCCCUUUGCGUCAGAUAUGACCAACUUGAGGGAGUUGUUCCCUGGUGGUAUAAAGUUUAACUUAGGUGAGCCAUUCAAACCAUAUGAGCAAUUAAUGUCUGUUCUUCCUGCGGCAUCAAGUCAUGCUUUACCAGAAGUGUUUCACGCAUUGAUGAAAGAUCCCGAUAGUGAAAUCAUUGAAUUUUAUCCUGAAGAGUUUGAGAUUGAUAUGAAUGGAAAGAAAAUGAGCUGGCAGGGGAUUCCAUUGUUGCCAUUCAUUAAUGAGAAGAGAUUGCUAGACGCAGUUCAAGGAAAGUAUGACCAGUUGACUGAAUACGAGAAAGAAAGAAACACAAACAAGCAAGCUGAACUAUUCAUAUCUAACGAGAAUAAAAAUUACAAAAGGUUCGCUGAAGCUUUCUAUAAGGACGAGUUGGAGUCUGUAAAGUUUUCUUUUGCAAAAAGCAGUUUAUCGGGAUUGGCUAUAAAGUUUCUCUCAUUCGAACCAAAUGGUAUACUUAAGUUUCCACUCAGGGAGGGUAAUAUGCCAAAUAUUGACAACAAAGACUAUUUGCAAGUAGAAUAUCACUUUCCAGAAAAGGCAUGGGGAAAGUCUAUGAUCUUGAAUGGGCAUAUUCCCGCGGUUCCAGCCCUUACCACAGCAGAUCGAAAUGAAGUUAUUUACCAGCUUCAGUCCAAUGAUACCAGAGGCUCGGGCCGUGGAUUCAAUAACAACUUCCAACCUAAUGAUUAUGUUAACCAAGGACCUCAGGGCAAAGAGGUGUUCAAAAUGUAUUCCAUGAGAAGAGGGGGUUAUCGUUCUAGCUUGCAACAUUUGAAAGACGGGAAUAGGAAUGAAAGACCGCCCAAUGGGGGCAAUGCCAACCCUUACGGAGCUCCAAUACAAAACCCACCGGGGCACUCAGUUUACAGGCAAAAUGUUUAUGGCCAGCCACAAAUGUAUGCCAACUAUGGCAAUAGGCAAGGUCAUGCAUACCCAAAUCAAAGUGCAGCCUACAAUCAGUUCUCUCAAGCUCAUAAAUAUUCAUCAACGGGUGGAAGCAAUGCGGCACGCAGUGGUUAUUUUCCACCUCCAGGUUCCGCUGGUAGAAAUGGAUAUAGAUAA